AUGGCGACCAUUUCGUCAUCUCGUAGGCAGUCAGUGCCUGCGCCUAGUCGACGACAAGUUUCUUAUGUCAACCAGAAACCUAUAAACGGUAUGGAAAACAAUGCUCCGUUUGCGAACAAUCGAUACCCUGUCAAACGGGCUACCUCGGACAGCUAUGCCAAUCAUUCUCCCAUCCUCCCUGCUGCCCCAGAGGUUCAGCGUCCCGCUCUUCCUUCAUUCAGAAACUCCUUCAAUUCGGGACCGUCGCGCAGGUUUGGAGAAGGGCCAAAACCAUUCGCUGUGCGGGCUAAAGAAUUACAAAUUGAGGGGGCUUUGGAUGGGCUAGAUCGCCUUUCUCCAACAAACAGUGCUUCCUGGGUGGAAUCCCAACGACAGCUAAAUGAAGAAGCAGGGCCCCCAGAAGGCAGGUUGUCUCCGCAUGUCGACCUGCAAAACGUGACUAUCCGCAAGCCGAGGAAUAAUAGUAAACGGGCAAAUCCUCCUGAUGAUCCCGUCCCGCCGCCUAAAUCCAAUUCGUCACUCUCACCUCAUAGCGCAAGAAGCAAUUCGCUGAAUCAGAAAAGAGACGGGCAUCUGCGGCGCGAUUGGGCUCCUGAGAAGUCUCCAUUACAGAAACUGGAAUUCACGCUGAAAGAUUUUAGCAAAGAAGAGAAACGUGCCAGGUUGGAGGAAGCUGAAAUGCUGCUAAGGGACGCAAAGGCCGGUCGUCGAAGUCGCCAAACCAGCCGUGACAUGACCCCACCUUCACAGUCAAGCAUAGCGCUCAGACCGAAAAGCACCACGGAUCCUUCAAAUCUGGAGGAAACGGGCUUAGUCCGGAGUUUGAGUGCCAAGCAGCGUGAUAGAUUGCAUCACAGCGCUGUCAUAGAUUCGACAAAGCCUGAUGCCAAUCGUUUCUCAAGGGACGGCCGGGGUGGCUUUGACUAUGAAGAGAACCCGCUGUACGAGAACCGACAAAAGCCUCCAAUCCAAGAGCAGGUCCUCGAUGAACAGUAUGAUAUUCCAAGAAAUACGGGGCGACUGAAGGAUUGGGAGCUUAGUGAUACAACAACAACACAGGUUGCAGAUCAAAGAAUGAACGAUGCGGCAACGUUACAAAAAUCCCAGGUUCCAUACAAUCGCAUCCCUGAAGACCAUGAAGAUGCAGACCUCUUCCACCAGGAAACAGACCUACCUCAGCCCUCAACCUCUGGAACUGUACAACGCAGCAAUAGCCGCAAGUUACAGAAGCCUUUACCACGGAAUCUCAAUCCUCAAUUGCAAGCGGACCCUGUCCAGAAAAGGAGAACGUUCCCGUCAGCUGCAGCAUCAUCAUCAAUUUCAGCUGCCCCAGCUAUUCGGCCGGCUACCAGUCGCAGCACUUCAUCAAAUCUCAAGAUAGAAUCGGAUAGGCUAGACUCUGGCAACAAUAAUAUCAAAACUACUUCCAAUAUAGGGCUUGGACUGAGCAAUGCGACACCUCCGCAAGCCUCUGUAUCUGAAAAUCAGAAUCGGCCCGCUAGGAAUGGCAGGGGUAAACACCAACACACAGUCUCUUUUGCUGUACCCCCCGCAACACCACCGCCGGUAUCAGAGUGGAAGAAUGCGGGCGUUGGGAGAUUGCGUUUAGAAGAUUUUGACCUUCGAGAUGUCGACCUCAAAAAGCCUUGGUGGGAAGGUGGUGGGUCGGGGAAGAAAGUACAACAGGCGCUGCCAUCGAUGUCGAAAAUCAAAACAUCGCCUAGCCCAAUCGACUACAACGAGAGCAAUCAAGUUUGCCAACCCCCGAGUGCGCGAAUCAAGGAGAAAGACGGGGAGUCAAUAGGGAAAUUCAGAGAAAUCAAGGGUGCACGUCUCUACGCCGAUCCCGCGAGGGACGUGACUUUCUGGCGAUUCAACCUUGAGAUUGAGCUGGGCGACAAGCAACAGAGGAUUGGGUAUCGGAUCAACCAAGGCUCUGCGAUUGGAUUCUGGGUCCCUGCCAAGGGCCAAUCCAUGAACAUCAUGUUCCACAGCGGCAACGGGUUCAGCCCAUCGGUCGAUCGUGACAAAUUCAGCGGCCCAGACCCGCUUUGGCGAGAUGUUUUGAACACCCACCAAAUACUUCCGUUCCAUGUCAUGAUAGGUGGAGGCGAUCAGAUAUACAACGAUGCUGCACUAUUUGACACAGAGCACUUCCGAUGCUGGAUGGCCCUACGCGUCCCAUAUGAAGAGCGAUAUCAUCCGUUCAACCUUGACAUAAAAUCUGAGAUGGAGAACUUUUACCUUCAACAGUAUCUGAAAUGGUUCUCGCAUGGGCUGUUUAGCAUGGCCAAUUCCCAAAUUCCCAUGGUGAAUAUGUGGAAUGACCAUGAUAUUAUCCCUGGUUAUGGCUCUUAUCCGGAUAGACUGAUGAGAUCGCCGGUCAUGUCUGGGGUGGGCGAGCUGGCGUUCAAAUAUUAUCUGCUUUUCCAACACCAGAGCGUACCCGAAGAGACGGAUUUAGAUGAACCGAGCUGGCUGUUCGGUGCUACACCUGGUCCUUAUAUAUGCCAGCGGAGCAGGAGUGUAUUUAUGAAUAUGGGCAGGCGAGUGGCAUUUUUGGGGAUUGACUGUCAAACUGAGCGAACGAGAGACGGCGUGCUUAUCGAUGAUUCCGCUGACCUCAUACUCAAUCGCUGCGAUGACCAAAUAGUGAAAGGAGAAACAAAACAUUUGAUCGUGGUUCUCAGCGUUCCUAUUGCGUAUCCACGCCUGGCGUGGCUUGAGAAUGUUUUCUCGAGUCGAGCGAGUUAUCCUGUAAAAGCACUUGGGCGGGCGGGAAUAUUUGGAAACAUCAGAGAGAGGUUUGAUGUGGAUACAGAAACGAUUGAUAGCCAAUGGACCUCCAAAGCACAUAAACUCGAGCGUAGCUGGCUGAUCGAGGAUCUCCAAAAACUCGCUGCAGAUAAAUCUGUGCGAAUUACUAUCCUAGGACUAACACUCAGGCACAGAGGUGACGCUCAAGUCGCAGCGAUCGGACAGUUCUACUCCAACCCCAAGCUACAAAUCCCCAAAGAUCAGGACUACAGAUACAUACCUAAUGUGAUAUCUUCGUCGAUUGUUAAUGCACCCGCAUCGGAAAUGAUGGUGGAUGCUCUCAAUAAACGAAACAAGAUUCACUUUCUGGAUACGAAAACGGUGGAGGACAUGCGAGAAAUAUUUGCGUUUGAUAUUGAUGGAAAGUCGCGAAACAACAAACGCCUCCUUCCCAGAAGGAACUGGUGUUCUAUUCGAGAAUAUACUCCUGGGUCUACUCCACCACAGACACCUACGGAAUCGGAACCUCCCAGCCUACUGGAGAACCGCCCUGGAAAGUUGAUGAGGUCCCUAUCCCUGUCUAGGGGCGAUGGAAAAUCUUCAUCUCUGCUUCGGAAACUAUCUCAGCGAGACGGACCGCCACCAUCUCGCACCCUCUCGUUACGCGGAUUCGAGAAACGCCGUAUGAGCUAUGACGGCUCCCCUUCUACCGCUACUCACGCAAGAGAUAGUUACUUCCCACCGCAACCCCAAAGACCCAUGACGGCGGGAAACCAACAGACCGACGACACAACACAACCACCACGACACCCAAAUAAUUUUCUCCGUCGUCGUACGGACCUAUCGGCCAAGGAAAUAAAAGAGGAAGCAAAGGGCGGAGCCUUCCGUUUGAAAAACUUCAUAAAUGUGGAAGGGGGCCUUGAUAUUACGUUGAACUGUGAGACGAACCCACGAGACCCGGCGGGAAUCACGCAUCCGUAUCGAGUGCUCGUACCUGCGCUGCGGUUCGAGGGCGAUUUUGAACCGAGUGAGCCGCGGGUGAAGAAGCAUUGGUGGAAGAUUAGUCGGGGGAGGAAGAAGGCUGAGCAGCAAAGUGAUGUGGAACAAGUUGGGAGUGAAGCCCUCAUCCAGCCAGUUGAAGAUAUGGGCCAAGGACAAAGUCAUGGGCAUGGUCAGAGCCAUUCUGGCCAGAAGUACGAACAGGAGGGCCCCAACCACGUGGCACGACAUCCUCUAAAGAAUCACGAUAAUGAUUAUGAUGAUGGUUACGAUGAUAAUGAUGAUUAUGAUGAAGAAUACGAUGAUGAGGUCGGAUUACCGCCAUUACCGCAGCUGCCACCAGCGGGUGUCCAGUCAGUUUCUGCGCCAUCUGGUGGCAUGGCUACGCCUCAACCCAGAAAGAAAUGGCUUGGAAUCAUUUAG